AUGAACUUACGAGAUAUUGGAAAGUUAGAAACUUGGGAUAGAUUUUUUGAUUACUUAAUUAAUACUUACUAUUAUCGUUUCCGUCAGCAGUUAGGUAUCCCUUUUGGUUAUUUUCAAUCCGAACCCGUGCAAUUAGGAUUACGAGUUUACUUUAUUAAUCCUACUGAAUUUAAAGAAUUGUUUGGUUUAGAUAACUUGAUUAGAGUGCUAGCUCACGAGUUAGGGCAUGUCGUUUUAACUGAUACUCAACCCGCCACCCAAGAAAUCAACGGCGGACACGGCAAGGAACACGAUAAAGUUCAAGCCGAGAUUUUAAAACUAAUUGAAACUUCCUCCGAAUACCAAGAAUUAAAAAAUUAUUGA